AUGGAGUCCAACUCUCCGGCAGUAGUCUUUACACGCCCGUCAAAGCCGGUCUUCCGGUUAGAUAUUGGGACACAAACUCUAUUUCGUCCCACCGAAACAAGGAGUGCCAAGAUCCCCCCAGUUCAUCUGGCCAGUGCCGGCGAUAUUUACUGGUCAGUAACCAUCAAAGGACGGGACGAUCGGUCAUCCCCGGGCAAAGCGAGGGCGGUCAUGAGUCGUGAUGCUUAUGAGGCGUGGAUGGGCCCCUAUGCGCCCAUGGGGCCUAGAGAUAAAACAGCAGUCAGAGGGUUGAACUUUAUUCACUACGUCUACGACUGGAAAACCUCCAUUAUGAUUCCCGUCUCUUGCACUCAAGCACCGCGGUCUGGCGUACGGCAUAGCCCAACUGAACGCCAGGAAGUCUUGGUCUACGAAAUGGAACUUUUGCAACGAUUCGAUGCAAGUUGCGAGCUGCGCUUUCUCAACUUCUUUCUCAUUUCUAAAAUAUUCUCUAUCACAACCACUAUCGCUAAAAUGAAGUUCCAACUCCUUCCUCUCGUUGCUCUCCUCGCAGCUCAUGCCUACGCGGCAUGCGGCCCUGACGAGACCGAGCUCUUCGACCUACAAGUUACCACUGGCACAAGUCAAUGUUCCAACUUUGGCUGUUUUAAAGCUUGCACUUUCCCCGACGGAAGCGGUUCAUGCAACGGUUGCACACAAUCAGUCUCUAAUGACCACAUUCGACCACUCGGCGGUAGUUACUGCUGCAAAGGACCCCUCACAGGCCAGACCAACACCUGCAUUACUGGUUGCCCCGCAGAAGUUGAAAUGCUACAAUGUUCCAAGAGGUCACAGCUGCUUGAAAUAGGCAAAAUCACCAAACGCUUGAGCCAGGUUCUCGUGUGA